GAAUCUGACUGCGCGCGCAUGUGUGUGUGUGUGUGUGUGUGAAGCCGUCUCGCAGUGCCGUUCAUUUCGGCUUAUUCAGUCCGUGUAUUAAGGGGAGAUGAGCGGCAGGGUUGGAGAUCUGAGCGUGAAACAGGCCGAGGCUCUGGCGCAGUUUCGGGAAAGGGUCCAGGAUGUCUUGCCACAGUGUCCGUCUCAGAGCGACCAUUUCUUACUGCGUUGGCUUCGAGCCAGAAAUUUCAACCUGCAAAAAGCUGAAGCAAUGCUUCGUAAGCAUUUGGAGUUCCGAAAACAGAUGAAGGCCGACACGAUCACUACUGACUGGAAGCCUCCAGAGGUUUUAGAGAAGUUUUUCUCAGGAGGAAUGUGUGGCUACGACCGAGAGGGCAGCCCUGUGUGGUACGACGUUAUCGGGCCGGUUGAUCCCAAAGGCCUCCUUCUCUCUGCCUCUAAGCAGGACUUCAUGAAGACAAAAGUACGAGAUUGUGAGAUUCUGCAGAAGGAAUGCAGCUUACAGAGUGAAAGGUUGGGUAAAAAUGUGGAGUCCAUCACUAUGAUCUAUGAUUGUGAAGGUUUGGGCCUGAAGCAUCUAUGGAAGCCUGCUAUAGAAACAUAUGGAGAGGUUUUGACCAUGUUUGAAGACAACUAUCCUGAAGGACUCAAGAGAUUAUUAAUUAUAAAAGCACCCAAACUGUUUCCUGUGGCGUAUAAUCUGGUGAAGCACUUUCUGAGUGAAGACACUCGCCACAAGAUCAUGGUUCUGGGGUCCAACUGGCAGGAGGUGCUAAAGAAACUCAUUGACCCUGAGGAGCUCCCAGCCAUGUAUGGGGGAAAACUGACGGAUCCUGAUGGUGACCCGCGCUGCAGGACCAGGAUUAAGCAGGGUGGCCUGGUGCCCCAGUCCUACUACGCACGGGAUUUUAUUAAGAUGGAGUACGACCAGUGUGUGUCUAUCAGCCGCGGCUCCUCCCAUCAGCUCGAGUACGAGGUCCUCGCUCCAGGCUGUGUGCUUAGGUGGCAGUUCUGCUGUGAUGGUGGGGAUGUAGGUUUUGGGGUCUUUAUGAAGAAGAAACUGGGGGAAUGGAUGAAGGCAAGCCAGAUGCAGGAGGUCUUGGUCAGUCAGCGCUACAACGCACACCUCGUACCUGAGGACGGAUCUCUCACCUGCACUGAGCCUGGAGUGUACGUGCUACGAUUUGACAACACCUACAGCAUCUUCCAGUCCAAAAAAGUCAGCUUCUCUGUGGAAGUCCUCUUGCUCAGCAACGACAGCCAAUCACAGCCUGAGACGAGCAGGACGCCCGGACGGGAUGUCCCGAGUGAUCAGUGAGGUGUGAUUCUCUACCUGCCUGUUUAGAGACUGUCCGGCAGAGCAACCAGUACUUGAAAUGGCCUGUCUCAUGCACAGUAUUUUCCAGAAAAAAAGGUUUUGGAACUGUAAUUAUUGUUCUGUAAAAAUGCUGCUCAUGGGAAGAGAACAGUGAGGUCUUUGCUGAAGACGAUGUCAAUUCAUUGGAACCUAGUUUAAGGGAAUAGCUGCACAACCCAUAGUAUUAAUACAUAGUAUUAAGUUUCCUUCAACAUUUACCUUUUCCAACAGAAUCUAGCUCAUGUCAGUUUCGUGUUUGGUGUCUGAAUGCUUUGCUUUGGUACUUUACCAAGAGCCAGUUAACUUAAGACUUACACGAAUAUAUGUAAGGAAGCGCAAGCACUUAGUGUUAUUACUUAUGGAUGAUACAGUAUUGUGCAAAAGCUAAUUUCCUUAUAAAACUGCACAAAUUGUACCUGAGACUACCAGUAUUUUUUUUUUAAAGCAAAGAGUUAUCAUGCCAAAUAUUGACUUAGUUUAUUACUGUGUACUGUGCUUUAUAGUAUUUUUUUAAUGUAGUAAUGUUUAGUUUUAUUAUUUUUAAAGGCAUAUUUGCUAUAGAGCAUUUCUUUGCAGACUUUUGCACAGUACUUUAUAUAUAACUAUCUAUUUUGAUAGAGAUGAUAAUCAUAUACUUCCAUUGUAUUUGUGUUAAUAAUAAAUAAUAAUCAUAUAUAUAUCCAGUUAAAAAAAAAAAAAAAAACCAUUCAUCUUCAGUAAGUGCUUUACCCAGGUCAGGGUUGCGGUGAAUUCAGAGCCUAUCAUGGGAAUCUUGGGCGAAGUACACACACAUGCUCAUACUAGGAGCAGUUUAGUGUUUAACCAAUGCAAAUACUGGCAUGUUUUUGGGAGGUGGGUGGAAACCCGUAGAACCUGGCGAAAAAUACCUUAGGUGGACAUGGGAAGAACAUGGGAAACUCUACACAGAUAGCAACCUGAGCUACAGUAAGGAUCGCGCUAAGAGCCUAGAGCCAUGAGGCGAUAACACUACCCGCUGAACUACCAUGCUGCCCAAGCUUAAAAAUGUUUAUUUAAAAAGACGCUGAAAUAAUAAAAAUAAGAAAAUAAAUAAAUAAAAUAAAAAGAAGAGUCUAAAUAACAUGGAUUCAGAGAAAACUUUAUACUUAUUGUCAAUCACUAGAUUUAGAUUUUAAUUUUUUUUUUUUUUUUUUGGUCUGAUUAUUUAUAAUUUUACAGCUUUAGACGAUUCGUUCCUUAACAGUGUGCAGCUUUAAUCGUUUCAUUUCUAACCUCUCCAAAAGGAAUCUUAAUUACUGCUGUUGAAAACAUUUUAUUGUAAAUUUGUUUGUAUAAACUAUUUUAAUAAUACCUUACUGAAGAUUUAUUAUAUCAUAAUCACCUAUACAGAGUAUAUAGUUGAGUGCAAAAGUUUGCAUAUUCUUAUGACAAAAUGAAGACAAGUGAAUGCUGAUUAUAACUGCAAGGCAUUUAGCCAGUUAGGUUUUAGAGAUUCCUUCAUCAUUCCAGGUAACAAAAAUUGUAAACUAGUGCAUGUGAAUAGGAAAAUUAAAAAAAGAUGUCAGUUUAAAGGUCUGCAUCCUAUUAAAAAUAAAAUUAUAUAUAUAAAUACAUACAUAUACACACACAUACACAUAUAUCCCCCAAUAGUUUGUAAUUUGUAUGUAUUUUCAUUUAAAAAUUUGUUACAAUUUUUCCUUUUGUUUUAUAUGUUGCCAUUGUUUUAAGACAGAGACAUUUUAUUUAGUUUUGGAGUUGGAUUUUUUUUGGGAGAAAAAACACAAAAGAGUGGUCCGUAUUCCUUUUUUAUCUAGAAACCAUGGAUGAUGCAAACUUGUGCAUUCAGCUGUCGUUUAAGAAAAAUUUAUUUAUUGCAUGUUUAAUUAAUUAAUGAAUGUUCUCUGUAUAUGGCUGUUCUAAUUUGUAAUUAAAUUAUUUGUAGAAGUGAUGUUUUGUUUGAUCUCAGGUGUCAGUUAUUGUCAUUACCUGCAUAUAAUGAGAAUGCUUAUUUGUAAACGAGUUUUUGUUAAUAGACUUUAACUGGAUGAAUUGCUUGAGUAAUCUGACCAGUAAACUUAUAUCAGUG